GUGGGUUAGACGUCAGAGUGUUUGCAUCGUGUUCGGUUGUUUGUGGCGUUUCUCUGCGAUUUAUCGUGGAAAUUCCAUAUUUUAGGAGUUUUCAUCCUAUGAGAAAAGUGCAAAGAUGUUUAUUCUCUACGAGACACCCGCAGGAUAUGCGAUUUUCAAGCUCCUGGACGAGAAGAAGCUGAAGGAAGUUGACAAUCUCUACUUGGAGUUCGAAACACCUGAGAAAGCAAACAGCUUGAUAAAAUUGAAGCACUUCCAGAAGUUCUCAGACACUACAGAAGCUCUAGCGGCUGCCACUGCUACAGUCGAGGGAAAAGUGUCGAAGCCACUGAAGAAGACGCUCAAGAAGCUGGUCAGUGAAGAUGUCCAGAACAAACUUCUCGUGGCGGACGCAAAGCUGGGCAAUGCCAUCAAAGACAAAAUGGCUCUGCAAUGCGUCUCCAAUUCAGCUGUCCAGGAGCUUCUGAGAUGCAUCAGAACGCAGUCGGAAUCCUUGCUCUCAGGACUGCCGAAGAAGGAAAUGACAGCGAUGGCUCUCGGAUUGGCACACUCGCUCUCGAGAUACAAACUGAAGUUUUCCCCUGACAAGAUCGACACAAUGAUCGUUCAGGCGCAGUGUUUGCUAGAGGAUCUGGACAAGGAGCUCAACAAUUACAUGAUGAGAGCGAGAGAGUGGUACGGAUGGCAUUUCCCAGAGCUGGGGAAAAUCGUAACGGACAACAUCGCAUUCGUGAAGACAGUGAAGCUGGUGGGAAUGCGAGAGAAUAUGGGACAGACGGAUCUGUCGGAUAUUCUGCCGGAAGACGUGGAGGAGAAGGUGAAAGAAGCCGCUGAGAUAUCGAUGGGCACGGAGAUAUCAGAGGAGGACAUUCUCAACAUUCAGCAACUGUGCGAUGAGAUAAUCUCCAUCAAUGAGUACAGAACACACUUGUUCGACUAUCUCAAGACUCGCAUGUUCGCCAUAGCGCCAAAUCUCACAGUUUUAGUGGGAGAGUCAGUUGGAGCGCGUCUUAUUUCCCAUGCUGGAUCUCUCGUGAAUCUGGCAAAGCAUCCAGCGUCGACAGUGCAAAUCCUAGGCGCUGAGAAAGCGCUUUUCAGGGCACUGAAGGCGAAAAAAGACACUCCCAAGUACGGAUUGAUUUAUCACGCCCAACUUGUGGGUCAAGCCAGCGCCAAGAAUAAGGGAAAGAUUUCCAGAUCGCUGGCGGCAAAAGCAGCGCUUGCAACAAGGGUUGACGCUUUUGGGGAGGAUGUGAAGUUCGAAUUGGGUGCUGAGCACAAGGCGAAGCUGGAGUCUCGCUUGAAAUUCCUCGAACAGGGCAGUCUUCGGCGAUUGUCCGGCACGGGCAAGGCGCAGGCCAAAUUCGAGAAGUACCAGGGAAAGAGUGAGAUCAAGACGUACGAGUCUGCGUAUGACAGCACUCUGCCGACGAGCAGCAAGAAGCGAAAACAUUCGGAGAACGCGGAAGAGACGCCCAAGAAGUUGAUUGAGGAGAUCCAAGAGGAGGCCGAAGGAUCGCAGGAGUCGCCCAAGAAGAAGAAGAAAAAGAAGAAGGCCGCCGAGGAGGAGGAAGUCGAAGUGCCGGCGCCCAAGAAGGUGAAGGUGGAGGCGCAGGAGGAGCCAGCCGAGGAGGUGGUGGAGAAGAAGAAGAAGAAAAAGAAGAAAUCCAAGACGGAGGACGAAUAAAUUUGGCUCUUCUAAUUCUCUAAAAGUCGAAAUUAUGCAAAAUGACCGUCAUAUUUUAAAUGGCGAGCGCCUGAGAGAUUGUGAAGUAGCGAGGAAAUAUAAAUUCAGCCGGAAAAUGAAUCAAGGAGGAACAAUAAAGAAAAUGAAAAUGGUCCGAA